GAAACAAGUUAUAAAAUAAAAAUAAAUACAUAAAUAUAAAAUGAAACAGGAAGACUUCAGAAUCGUCGGACGAAAUUUAGCUCCAGCUGAUCGAUUUCCGAUUCCGACAUGGAUCAACAUUAUCCAGACAGGGAAACGUUAAUUGCUCGUGUUCAGCAGUUGGAGCUCGAACGCGAACAGCUGCAUAGAGAUGUUGAGCAGCUGUGUAUGCAACAAGCAGGACCUGCUCACUAUGGAGUGGCAACACGAAUUCAUGUUGAGAGGACUGCUGGAUUGGAGGAGCAGAUUCAGAACUUGAAAAAAGAAUUGGCUGCUUGCACUAGAGAAAACCGAAAUCUUCAAGAGGAGUUAUCUGAGGCUUAUCGUAUUAAAAGUCAACUUGCCGAACUACAUAAUGCAGAAGUUGUGAAGAAUGCAGAAGCUGAAAAACAACUUAAAUUUUUCCAAGGAUGCGUUGCAGCUGCAUUUGUUGAGCGAGAUAAUGCAAUAAUGGAGUCUGAAAAGGCUAAGGAGAGAGAGGAACAGCUGCCACAGGAGCUAGAGAAAUCUCAAAGAAGGGUGGGAGAGCUGACGGCUGAACUUCUUGAAGGAAAAGAAUUAGUCACUAAUCUUCAGAUGGAUUUAGAAAACCAUGAAAGGCAGAUUGAGAUUUUCAAAGAGGUCAUUGAUAGAUUUUAUGAUAUCAGACAAUGUUACUUAGAGGAUUUUACCGACGCAAGCUGGGAAGAGAAAUGUGAUCGUCUGAUGAGUGAUCCAACUGAAAUGUGGAGGUUCCAAAAUGAUGAGGACACUGCCACUGCCAAUUACAUUAAUUCUCUUGAAGCAGAAAUUGAGAGUCUGAGGAAAAAUGUGAGUAAUAUGCAGAACAAGCUGCGAAUGGGACUGGAUAUUGAAACUCAUCUAAAGAAGAGGGUUUGCGAUUUGGAGAAAAAGAGAAUACUAACAGAAGAGAAGAUCAAGGGGCAGAUAGCAGCAUUACUGCAACAGCAUUCUCAAUACAGGACCGAUAUCGUGAACUUACUUGGGGAGGGGUCUUCAGAGCUGAAAUCAAUUAAUGAUUCGAUUAUUGAGAAGAUAAGGCAGUUUGAACUGAGUAGUGAAAGCAAUAUAAAAUCUUCACAGAUACAAGACAAGGAACUACCUGAGAGUGAGUGCAGAGAUGUGCAUGUUAGUGCUGAUUCUGGUCAAAUUUCGAUCUCUGAGACUGACAACCCAGGCUUGCCAACCGUUAGUGCUCCAGAUCCUUUUGACACCUCCGAAGCCCUUGCUCUGGCUUUGCAGGAGAAGGUUGCAGCAUUAUUACUUUUGUCACAGCAAGAAGAAAGACACUUACUAGAGGGUAAUGUAAAUGCAGCUUUACAGAAAAAAAUUGAAGAACUUCAGAGAAAUCUACUACAGGUUACAAAUGAAAAGGUUAAAGCUCUAAUGGAGAUAGCUCAGCUGAAACAGGAACUGUAUACACUGCAGGAAAAGAUCAACAAGGACAGAACAGUACAUAAUUUAUCCGAGACUGUAGACCAAAAAACGGUGCAGCAGGAAAGAGACGGGAAAAUAAGAAAUCUACUGAAGCGAACUUACUUGACGCGCUGGGUUGGAGCUUCAGAUGGAAACAACUCCGAAUCAUAUGACAAGCCUAAUCAUCAAAUGGACUACGCCAAGAUGAAGCUCGAAAAUGCAACCCUUAAGGAGAGCCUCGAAAGCAUGGACCAUCUGCUUUCUUCCAUCCGUAGACUCCGCGUUUCUCUUCUAAAGGUCAGAGAAUCAGCAGAGCAGACGAGCGAAAACAGCCUCUGUUUCGAUGCUAUUGAUCAGAUCAUGACAGAAGCUGACCUGGUGAAGACUGCCCUUAGCACCUCUCUGUCCGUCGCCUGGUCGGGCACGAUACAUGAAACGUCCGGCGUCGCUCAUGACGCCGCACGCGACAAAUUCGACGUGGUCUCAGCCGCCGGAUUGGAGAUGGUGGAGCUGCUGAUGUUCGCUGCACAUGUCCUGAAGGAGCUGAUUUCCGGAAAGAACUAAAAGAAGAUGUCUGAAACAUUACAUUAUUAUGAUGACACAGAAACUAGUGUUUUGAUUAUUUUUGUUUUAAUGCAAUUUCCACUCUUUCAUGUAAAAAUUGGAUAAUUUAUUCACGAACAAUAUUCAUCUAAUUCACUCUUUGUGAUAAAAAUAGAAUAGCUGCGGAUUCCACGAGAUUACAAAAAAAAGUUGUAGACAUGUUUGUGUACUUAAUGGUUUUAUUAUUAUUGUAUUAA